GCCUGAAUAUUCUGAAAACCUGGUGGGCUGGGUUUGGGUACAGAUUCUAGUUCUGUGCAGUCCGCUAUUAACAGCUCAUGUGUUUUUCUUUUCCUAUUCUUUUGCACAGGCUGCACCAGUCCAGGCUACAAUAGCCAAAGAAGUGAAAGUAGAAAAUGGUGAUGAUGAGGACGAUGACGACAUUGACUUGUUCGGCAGUGACGAAGACAACGAGGAGGCAGAGCGCCUCAAGCAGGAGCGCCUGGAAGCCUAUGCUGCAAAGAAGGCCAAGAAACCCACCCUCAUUGCCAAGUCCUCCAUCCUGUUGGAUGUGAAACCUUGGGACGACGAGACAGACAUGGCAAAGCUGGAGGAGUAUGUGCGCUCGGUGCAGAUGGAUGGGCUCCUGUGGGGAGCGUCCAAGCUGGUGCCCGUGGGCUAUGGCAUCAAGAAGCUGCAGAUCAACUGUGUGGUUGAGGAUGACAAAGUCGGCACAGACAUCCUGGAGGAGGAGAUCACCAAGUUUGAGGACUUUGUCCAGAGUGUAGAUGUAGCUGCCUUCAACAAGAUCUAAGCUCCACAGUUCUGCUCCUCACUUCCAGGUUUAAUAAAUCAAAGAUUUGAGCACA